UCAUCAUCAACAAGCAAUCAAAAAAUCCAAACGGUCAUCAAACACGCAGUGCAGUUCGAAAGAAAAAUAAUUUUCCGCAGCUUUCGAGCCGAAUUUCGCGACCCAGGGUACCUCAAGAUAAGUCAUAAUUUCGUCUAUCAAUCGAAAAUUCUUGUCUCCGUCAGUGGGAGGGAAAAGAUCGAGCAGUUCGAGGCUACCCGGCGAGCGAAGCAGCAAACGGCGGAGCCCAGGUCCAGUGGAGAACAUGGAUGCCAGCAGUGGAAUUAACACGAGCAACGGAAAACCGCUCAAAUGUAAUCAAAACGUACAGGUUUAUUUGCGUGUUAGACCAACUAAUGCCAGGGAGAAAUUGAUUCGUUCACAAGAAGUUGUCGAAGUGGUUUCAAGCCGAGAAGUGUUGUUGAAACCGACCCUUGUGGAUACAAGAGGUUCCAAAAAGUUCAGUUUCGAUCGGGCCUUCGACAUUCACUCGAAACAGCAUGAAGUGUACCACGCAGUCGUUGCGCCGUACAUCGAGGAAGUGCUGGCCGGAUUCAAUUGUACGGUCUUUGCCUACGGGCAAACCGGAACCGGAAAGACCUACACGAUGGUAGGAGAGGAACAACCAGAGUUGAGCUCCGGUUGGGAUGAUGACACUCAGACGGGAAUUAUCCCGCGGGCUCUGAACCAUCUGUUCGAUGAGUUGCGCAUGACGGAGUUGGAGUUCUCGAUGCGAAUUUCGUACUUGGAGUUGUACAACGAGGAGUUAUGUGAUUUAUUGUCCACGGACGAUACGGUCAAGAUUCGUAUCUACGAUGAUGUCAAUAAGAAGGGGUCGGUUAUCGUUCAAGGUUUGGAAGAAAUACCGGUCCAUAGUAAGGACGACGUCUAUAAGCUUCUGGCCAAGGGUCAAGAACGUCGCCGGACAGCUUCCACGCUAAUGAAUGCACAAUCGUCCCGAUCGCAUACCAUAUUUUCUAUCAUCGUGCAUAUCAAGGAGAACGGAAUCGAGGGUGAGGAGCUGCUGAAAAUUGGAAAACUCAAUCUGGUAGAUCUGGCUGGAAGUGAAAACAUAACAAAAGCCGGUAACGAAAAAGGAAUUCGGACACGUGAAUCGGUCAACAUUAACCAGUCUCUUCUGACGCUGGGACGGGUCAUAACGGCACUAGUUGAACGAACGCCACACGUGCCCUAUCGAGAAUCUAAGCUGACUCGGUUGCUGCAAGAGUCUUUGGGUGGAAGGACUAAAACGUCCAUCAUUGCGACCGUUUCUCCUGGGCAUAAGGACUUUGAAGAGACAAUGAGCACACUGGAGUAUGCACACAGAGCUAAGAACAUCCAGAAUAAGCCGGAAGCGAACCAAAAGCUUUCUAAGAAGACGGUCAUCAAAGAAUACACGGAGGAGAUUGAUCGACUGAAGCGGGAGCUGUUGGCCACGAGAGACAAAAAUGGUAUCUAUUUGCCGGAGGAGACCUACAACGAAAUGGUGUACAAGUCGGAAUCUACCACGAAGGAACUGAACGAUAAGGUGGUACUGAUCAAGGUGCUGAAGGAAGAUUUGGCCAAAAAGGAAUCCAUCUUCAAGGAAGUCAGCCUUAAUCUGAUAGAGAAGGAAGAGAUUUUGCGUCGCACGGAGGACACGCUAUGCCAUACGAAGCAUGAAUUGACCACCACCAAGCGAUUUCUGCACAAAACGAAGCGGCGCUACGCCGAGAAGAAGGUCGUUCUCGAUCGCCAUAUGAAAACCGAAGCGGCACUGACCAACCAGGCCAAGGAGCUGAUUGAAGUCGUGGAAACGGUUCAACAGGAUACGAACGGAUUGCAUGAUACAAUCGAUAGAAGAAAAAAUACGGAUCAGCAGAAUCGUACGGUUUGUGAACAGUUCGUUGAGCAGCUAAAGAACCGAAUGCAGGCAAUGGAGGGCAAUGUGGCCAAACUCACUCAAAACUGUCACCAGAUUUCGUCUACGAUUGUUUGUGAUUGGGACAAAUACCUUGGCAAACAAAAUAUUGUACAGCAGGAAGUUCGGGAGAAAAUCACAGCUUUAGAAUCUCUUUCCGAAACUAUAUCAUCAGAAGGUUUCUCACUUUUGACUACAUUUCGCGAUAAUCACUCCCAAUGGAGCUCGGAACAGAUAGCACUUGCGCAAUCAUGCUCGGCAAAAAACGAACGGGCUGUGGAAUCGCUGCGAAUGACGAUCACAGCAAACGUCCAAGCCCUGAAGAAAACACUCGCCGAGCAGGACGAGCAGCAGAAAGCGCUUCUCCUAACCACGUGGCAAGCGUGUAGGGAUAGCGAGGAGCGUAAUUUGAAUUUCUGUUCCUCCCUUAAGACGAUGCUGAGGGACAUGGACCAGAUGGUUGGUCGAUUCGGAGACAGUCAAAGGCGUGUUGAGGAAUUCGUUGUGUCCUCCAAGAAAGCUCAUGAAGGCCGGCUGGCCAUUCUGAUGUCGAUGUGCGAAGAAAUCAAAACCGAACAAGCCAAUUUGGAUCGAUUGCGGGACGUCGGUCGGGAGGUUGGACAAACAAAGGCUUCCGUCGGAACAAUGAUUGAAAACGCCAAUCUUGCUGUCGACAAAAAUGUUGAAAACUUGAAACAAGAUCUCGAACUGAUCGAAAAUAAUACAAAGCAGGUCGAUCAGAUUCGACAAGAACACAAAGUUAUUGUUGAAGGACGCCUACAGAAUAAUAUUCUCAUUCCGGUGGAAUCGUCAAGUGUCCAGUUGAAAGAAUCAAUCGACCAACAAAGUAAUACACUUCGAAGCUUCGAUGAAGCGUCCCGUGAACGAUGGACCCAAUUUUCUUCCGAAUUCGAGCGGCAUCAGUCAGACUCAACGGCUAGCCAUUCCGCACAAACGCAAGCAUUACAGAACCAGUUGGACUCCGACGCCGUUGAGCAGUCUGAGUUUCGCCACACAACGAUCGCCUUAAAUAAACAGCUUCAAAGGAACAUCACUUCCCAUCAAAAUGAAACAAAUGCCAAUUUGUCCGAGCUAGCCGUACAGGUGGAUCGAUUCCAUCGGGAGGAAUUGAGAUUGUACCAACCUACGGGUGAGACUCCCGUGCGAAAGAACGUUAGCUAUCCGAAGGACGUUCCGAUGACGUCACCGCAUGAUAGAAUAAUCCGAAGGUUCUGGCGUGAGCGUGGCAUCGCCGAUUUGGAUUUAUCCGCAACAAUCAGCGAAGACAACGAGGAUGUUAGUCUGCUUUGUACCAGUCUGAACAACGACGAGAUUCGAAACUCGACACCACUGCGAAGCAACGUGCUGGACGAAGAUCGGAAACAUUUCAAAGAUCUACAAAUAUCGAAUAUUUUACCCAAGGACACCAUCACAUUGGACUGCGAAGACAAUAAGGAGAACAUGGAAACCAUCGUCGAAACUGCUUAGGAGAAACCCGAUCACGAUGGACCGAGGAAACAAGGUAUUUGCGCAUAGUGCAUUUUUUCCGUUAAUUUAAAAUAGCUAUACUUACUUCGCUUAGAUACAUUUAUUUGAAUUUUAUUCAGCGCAAAUCCCUCAUAUUGACGUGUACGUACAAGCUUCUUCAAGAUACGAAACCCAUAGUCCUUCUCUAUAAAAGUUUUAACAAGUUGAAAUGCAUAAUCUUACGAGAGUAACCCUAUGAUUGUUGUACAUUAUUCACUAUUUUGAUGAAACUAUUUUUUAACUUCUUAUAAUAAAAACGUGAUUUCCGGAGAGGA